AUGGCUCCAGCUCGAGUUCUUGCAGCCCUGUCGCUCGCAGUUGCCUGCAUGCUGACCGCAGCCGCCGCUGAUGACACCACCAGCAGCAGUUCAUCGUCUCCGGCACCGACCGGAUGGCUCAAGGCGAAUGCCACGUUCUACGGCGGCGCCGAUGCCUCUGACACCAUGGGAGGUGCGUGUGGGUACGGCAACCUGUACUCACAGGGCUACGGCACAAGAACGGCGGCGCUGAGCACUGCGCUCUUCAACGACGGUGCCUCGUGCGGGCAGUGCUACAAGAUCGCGUGUGACCGCAAGAGGGCCAACCCGAUGUUUUGCAAACCUGGCGUCACGGUGACCGUCACGGCCACCAACUUCUGCCCGCCCAACUACGCGCUGCCUGGCAACAACGGCGGCUGGUGCAAUCCUCCUCGGCCACACUUCGACAUGGCGCAGCCGGCCUGGGAGAAGAUCGGCGUCUACAGCGGCGGCAUCAUCCCGUCAUGUACAAAAGGUGCUGGCUCCAUCAAGUCAAUGGAUGUCAAGACCUCCAACUCCAAUAGCUGGAUACCAAUGGCGCGAAACUGGGGUGCGAACUGGCACUCUCUUGCAUAUCUUACAGGGCAGAUGCUCUCGUUUAGAUUGACUGACACUGAUGGGCAAACUAUUGAAUUCACGAACGUGGUGCCACAAGGAUGGAAGUUUGGCCAAACAUUUGCAUCCAAGUUACAGUUCAAGUGA